AUGUCGUCUCCUCCGGAGUUCCGUCGCCCGCACGACCCUGCGACGUCAGAACGCCAGCAGAGGAGCGCGUUGGCGAUCUUUGGAAUCGACGAGUCUGCUUUUGAGACACAGUCGGAUGCUGGCUCGUCCAGGGGUUCACCUUACCGACCUCUUUCAAACGUGAAAAGUCUCCCUACACUCCCUAAAACAGCAUAUGAUUCACCUGAGAAGAAGGACGACUAUGACGAAAGCGCCCAAUCUCACUGGGAGUUCGUCGAACCCAACUAUGGUUAUGUUAAAGAUAGCAUCUCUAACUUGACUAGACCUCCAUCCUCCGAAGAGGACAACCAGCAAAAUGUCGAAGCAGUGCCCUCCGAAGACCACACUCAACUUGCCGAGUCUCAAGCUCAGACUACCACUGUCAUUGAAGGCUCCCAGCCUGUCGCCAAUUCAAACCCAGCCUUUGACGCCCAGGCUGUCUACCCAGCUGAGGCAUGCCUUUUCGUUGCCAAUCUAUCUCAGGCAGUCGACGACAGAAGCAUCGAAUCCGAACUCACCAAGUUCUUUGGCAACUUUGGGACUGUAUUCGUCAAAGUGAAGCGCGAUCGAAGACUCAUGCCCUACGCAUUUGCACAAUUCACCGAGCGUAAGCAUGCCGACUUCGCCUUGGAGAAGGCAUGGGGAGAGUCUAUCAUGGGCCGUAAACUCCGGUUGGAGAAGUGCGGCGGAAACUUAGCCUACAUCAUCUUCCGCAGGAACAACCGUCCAGUUCAGCGCGAAGAAGCGCAGAACAUCUUCUCUCGUUUCGGAAAGAUUGCCAAGAUUGAGCCCUUGAGCCAGCAAAUCCAAUCGAAGCUUAGCGUCCCCCCUUCUCUGCUGGUGCAGUAUGAGAAGUUCGAUCCGAGACGCGAUGUUGUCAAGUCCUUUGGUCUCUCGAACGUCUUCAUGAUUAUGUCGUACGACCCCAAGAUUGGUCAGGACCGUUCUGAACGUGCUCCAGGCGAUCAAACAUUCAUGGAGCACUAUGACAGGGACCGCCGUUCAAUCUUCAUGGGGAACCUGCCUCCUCAUGCUGACGAAGCCCUCGUACACAGACUAACCUCCUGGUGCGGAGAGGUUACAUCUAUUGACUUGAGAAAAGACCCUAGUAUCCAUGGUGGCCCUCCCAAUGUUUACGCUUUCGUCGAGUUUGACCGCCCCGAUACCCCUGAUGAGGCUAUUCGUCAAUUCAAUGGGACACACGUUGAAGGCUCUAUCUUGCGAGUUGAGAGAAAGCGCACCAAGCCUACUCGAGAUAUACGAAGCUUCUCACAGUCUCUCCACCCACUACCAUUGAAGCUACCUCUGCGUCCUCAUCGUCGUGCAGCUUCCGCAGCCAUUGCAGCCAUGGAGCACCCAAACUCCUACCAGCAAGUAGAUUCUGUAACUGUGGCGCCCAUCAACCCUCAGAACAACCACGGCCGAGCGCUCCCUGUUCCUCCUGCACCCGCUGGUGUCCAGGCCAACCAUAACCGCAUGCUCUCUACUGUAGGACUUUCUCCUAUUCCUCGGGACAUCGUUGCUACAUCUCAGAAGAACGAACGAGCAAACCACCAACAACGAGUCAUGUCUCCAGCCAAGGUGCCUAUGUUCGAUGGCACUGGGUUGGAUGAGUUUACUCCAAUCCAGUCCCCUGAAAAGGCUGGCGUACCCAACUACAUGGGUAACAACGUUCACUGGGGUCCAUCACGCUUUGUUGAAGCCUCUCCGGUUUAUGUCCUGUCUCCUACAGAUUCGUCUCCUGAGCAGAACUGCCCCAACAAGGCUCUUUUGAAAUCCUUUGCCGAUCGUAUGACUGCUCCGGAACGCUCCAUCUCUUAUGCGUUCUCGCCUGCUGCCGACUUUGCGGCGGAUCGAUGCGAAAUCGCCAUCGAUGAUCAGGAUGGUGAUGCAGCGAAGGGACAUCGUCGUGGGCCCUCCGCCCUCUUCCCCGUUCCACCGGCCCUCGAUGUCAGUGAAAGUGAGGGGUCUAGUGACUGGCGAACUCCGGGCACUGCAGAGGAAGAGAAAGGAUUCAAGCAAAAGAAAGCCAAGGUCCGUUCGAAGCUUAGACGAAAUCACCUCUCAGAACAAAAUCUCAAGAGAAAUGAACUUGUCGAAAAGCGCUAUCUUAAAGAGCACAAGUCAGCAGAAGCUCUUCAGGCAAAGGCAAGGAAAGCGUCUACUUCCAAGAAGGAUGCUGUGACUAUGACUGAAGAUGUCCCUCUUCAGCAGGCUUCCGGACAAGGACCCCUGGCUGGUCUUGUUCCAUACCAGGGAGCACAAGUGCAGACACAGAUGCCUCCUCAAACCGUUGGUGGCUUUGUAUACUUUGCUGUACCUGUUGAACAACUUGCUGCACAGCUCCCUACAAACUCCCAAUUCAACAGCUACCCUGCACAACAGCCUGGAGGUCAAUACCAGGCACCUCCUCAAGUGCAACAACUUCCACAGGCCCCCUUUCAGGCUCCAGGUCAACCCAUCUACGGCGACGGCGCACUUACUCCUUACCAGGCUUCAUCUCAAACCCCCUUUCAUGGAAACGUCCAGAAUCCGUACCAGGGAUAUGCUCAGGCAUCCUAUGGCAAUGGUGGCCCAGCAUAUCAGACUCCUCAAGUCCAGUAUCAGAAUGCGCAACAAGUUCACGCCCAAAGCCAGCCCCAUGCUGCGUAUGUUCAUCCUCAACAGUACGGCGCACCGCUUCCCAUGUCUCAGUAUGUUGGCAACAACCACAUGGCGCCCACUGGCAACUUACCUAUGCCAAGUCAUCCAGCGGAGACUUAUCACCAGAUGCCACAGCGCAACGAACCAAAGCGAUACAAUCGCUACAAUGGUCCAUCUCGCCGACGAUAA